CCGAUGUAAACAAAGCGCUAUUUUCGAAAAUGGCCGAUGAAUGAAAACAAAGUUGAAACCCCUGGUUAAUGACUAGGUCUCUGCAUUUUUUUCAGAGAAAAAGAGAGGGAAGUUAUGAAAAUAAAGCUUUGCGAGACAAAAACGUUGAUUGUUUAACACAUAUAUAUUAGGAAAAGAUUAGAAACCUAUUAGAAUGGCUGAGGAUAAACCUGAAUACUUGUCGGCAGAAGCACUUCGUAAUCGACUGUAUCACAGUCUUCGUGAUAAAGGGGCUGUAGACACGAUAAAGAGUCAGUUGAGAAACAAAAUAGUUGAAGAGUUACAGCAAUCUUAUAAAGGUCACUUAUCAGUCAGGGAUCUCAAACUGCCAGAUGAAGGGUCUUUACUACAUAGAGCAGCUAACAGUCUAGUUGCCGAUCACCUCAGAAGUUGUCAGUAUGAUUACUCAUUUAGUGUGUUCCUUCCUGAAAGUAGAACAGCUAAGGACAAGAUAUUUCCCACAGAAGAUAUUCUCCAAUUACUUGGUAUAAGUCCUUCAUCAAGGCUUUACAAAAAAAUGGUGUCUGGUAAAAAAGAUCAUGCAACAAAAGGAUUUUUGUGGCAGAUAUUGUGUGAGUUAUCUGCCCUUCAUUCCAAUGCUUCGAAUGAGACAGGUGUGCAAACAGAUUUAAUCAGAGUUGCAGCAGUAUCGUCUUUAGACGAAAGGCUAAAUGGUGUAGAUGAUUUUUACUCCUCUAAGAAAGAUGAACACUUUAGAACAAGUUCAGCUGCUGUAGAAGACAGACUGAUGUCAUUUCAGAGACAGUUAGAGGAAAGAUACAGAACAGAUCUAAAAUUAGAGCUGGCAAGAAUGAAAGAUAAUGAGAUAGCUAGGAUUAAGAUGGAAGAGAAAGAAACUUCAAGGAGAGAGCUAGAACAGCUCAGAAGAGAAUUGGAGAGACAGUACCAAACUAAGACAGAUGCACUGCUUCUGAAGGAAAGAAAUACAAUGGAAAGAAUUCAAGCUGAACAAACGAUGCAUGACAGAGAGAUAUAUGCACAGAGACAGUCUUUACUGGACGAAAUAGAAAUCCUACGUAAAAGAGAAGCUGAAAUCAAACGAGAAGAUGAGAUCAAUCACAGAGAGGCCAAAUUAAAUGAAGAUAGAGUGAAAACCAAAGAAGAAGGAGUUCGUCAUCGAGAACAGGAAGUUAGAAAGAUGGAGGUUGAACAUGAACAGAGGCUGAAAAAUGAAAUGACAAAAUUUAAGGUAGAAGAACAAGCUAAAUACAUGGAAAGAGCCCAGAAUAUAGAAAUACGUGAGGCCAGAGUCAAAGAUGAGGAAAGAAGGGUAAGGGAUGAAAAGGACAAAAUACAAGAAAUCAAGGACCAAUUGAGGGAUAAAACACUCAGAGUUAAUGAAUUAGAGACGCAGCUGCAUGAGGAACGACAUAAAGACAUAUCGGCUACGAGACAAAAUGAAGUUCUUAAUGCUAAACUCCGAGAUAUGUCUGACUACAAAGUAUUAAAGGAACAGAGUGUUGUUAUGAAAAAUGAAGUGGAGACAUUAAGAACGAGGUUGGCUGAGGUUUUAAAUAUGAAUGAAAGAGAAAGAGGUCGACAAGAAGAAUUAUUACGAGAGUUAAGACGACCAUCACCAGAAACCUUGAUGUUACAAAGAGAUUUAGAGAAGGCUAGGGAAAACUUACGUCAGGAACUGGUUAUAGCUGGUAGUCAGAAAACACAUCUAGAAAAUAGACUACAAGAAGAGAUGGACAGAAACCAAGACUUAGUGAGAAGAUUUGAAGAGCAAACAAUUACUAUCAAAGAAAUGAACAGGGAACUAGUAGACCUAAGGUCACAGUUAACAGUUACUCAUCAAGCAUUAACAAAUGAAGUAUACAGAAAACCUGCAGAUGAUACAGGUGCACAGGGAGUAUUUCGAGGAUCACGCUCCAUACCUCUACCAAGGAUGGAUUCAGAUGAUGACUUAGAUGAUGAGUUUCAGAGGUUACCGGGUAGUCAGUAUGCAAGUAAACUGGCCAGUCCAAAACGACGAUCACACAGACAAUAUGAGGAGGAUGAUAUUAUGCAAGAAAUAGAGGCAGAGUAUGACUUACCAUCCUCUAAGCAAGGGUGGAAACUUUAUCCAGGUUUUUCUGAAGAUGAUAGAUCAUCUACUGUGUCAGCAGAUGUUGUAGCAGAGGCUAAAUAUAGAUUAAAAAGUCUUGAAAGAGAGGCUCAGAAUUUAGAUAAAGCAUACAGAGAUUUCCAUUACAAUUUAACUAAUCCAUCAGCUGGUCCAGACGAACAGUCAAGGUCACAUGGUAGAAAUGUGAUAGAAAAAGAAGUUGUAUCUGAAAGUCAGAAGAGAGUAGCUUCGCCUGGUGCUAGUCCAAUCCACAGACCAAUGUCAUCAACACCAUACCAGGGUCGUCAUUCCAGUCAGUUAAAUGAUAGUUUACGAGAACUUACAGAGCAAUCCACAUCCAGGAAGGAACCACCACCCAGAUUUGAUAUGUCUAAUAUGUCCGAUGAAUUAAAUGACAGGAAUGGAGAUGAAAGAGUUGAGAGACCAAGACCUAUAACAGUGGCAGACUUAGAGGCCAGACCUGGAUCACCUAGUAUUGUAGUAGUCCCUGGUUCAGAGUCCAGUGCAGCUACAUCAGCAAUGGAAAUAGACAGAAAAGAUAUGUACCAAACCCCAACUGGUCCUGCAGGAGGGAAACUUGCUCCAAUAUCAUUGGAUAGUGCAUGGAAAACACCUACCUUGGAAGAGGAAUGGAAAUCUAAGGAAACCAGUAAUCUUCCACCAUUAGGAGGCAAAUUACCUCCCUUAUCUUCUGAUAAACCAUCAUUAGAUGAUAAUUGGAAAUCAAAAGAAGAUGAAAUUAAAGAAGCAGAAGAAAGGCAAAGAAGGGAAGAGGAAGACGAAAGGAGAUGGCAGGAAGAAAAAAGGACAAGAGAAGAAGAAAGAAAGAAACGUGAACAUGAAGCUUGGGAGCGGGAGCAGCAAGAAUUAAACAAGUUACAGGGCAAAGAUUUUGAUGUGUUUGAUGGUGGUGCUCUAGAUCUAGAGGAGGAGAAGAAGCCAGAGUCAGAAGACAACAUUGACCCAGUGAUGAAACAGUACAUGGAAAUGGUCCAGCAGCAAAAAGACAAAGAAAAAGAGGUAGUGAAGAAGUCAGUAGAUGUAUGGUCCAAAGGUCACAGACUAAGUCAGGACACAGUCACCCAAUCAGAACAAGAUAUUUCUGUUGCUGAGGAAAUCAAUAGCAUGAUACACAGUAUAAAGGAUACAGGGUAUGCUAUAUGGUACCACAGGUUGGUAACACGUGUGACACAAUCACCAAUAAAAUCACAAAUCUAAUGUCCUGGUCAACAUUGUAAAUCACAAAUCUAAUGUCCUGGUCAACAUUGUAAAUCACAAAUCUAAUGUCCUGGUCAACAUUGUAAAUCACAUCAGUCAUUUUUGUCUGUGUUAGGAAUAUUCAUUACACCAUGC